AUGUCCGAUAUCGAGGAGCCUCGUCCAGACAUGCAGGCGGACUCCUUGCUGGCAGAGGACACACCAGAUCUAGUGCAGGACGCUGGAUCUCAGGAAGAUGACGACGCGGAUCUGUUCGGGGACGAUGAUGACGAAGAUGUGGUCCAAAAACAGAGACCAGAAAGGGCCCUUGACGAUGAAGAAUUAGACUCUGGCGACGACCUGAACCGAGACGAUCGUGUCGCAACGACAGUCGAAGAAGACGAGGAUGAAAAGGACAAGGGCAGACCUCUCAGAAUAUUAGCCUGCGAUGUACCUCGAAUCAAUUACCCAGAAGGAGAUGAGUUCUACCUGUUGAACAUGCCUGCUUUCUUGGGUAUUGAGCAGAAAUGCUUCGAUCCUGAGACCUACAAAUUGCCAGAAGGACCACACGACGGUGACAAGGAACGUCAAACCUCUGCGUUCUCAACCGCAAUGUCUUCGAUAUUCUGGCGGUACGACCCAGCAGACCAGUCACAACUACAGUCUUCAGCUCGGUUUGUUCGCUGGUCAGAUGGCUCACUCACUUUACAGCUCGCUACGAAACCCACUGAGCAGUACUCAGUGAACGCUCUUCCAAUGCGACAAGACUUCAACAAGCAGUUACCUCCUGGUGUACACUACGAUCCCUCAAAAGACUCCCUUACCUACCUAGCAGCAGCCCAUAGCACACCUGUAAUCGACCUACAACUUGUCCACCGCCUCGACGCGACCAUGAAGAUUGCUCCUUCAGGCGGUACAGCAGACGAAUCCGAGCUCAGACUGCGAAACAUGCUUCGUGCUUCACAGGUCGAAGAUCCCCUAUCAAGAAUGAAAGAGCUUAAGGAGGACCCCGAACUCGCCCGAAAAGCCGCAGAACAAUUCGAAAAAGAGCGAAUCCGAGCUCAGCGAAAAAGAGAGAACGCAGAAGAACGUCUGACCAUGAAACGCAAUAACGUGCUUGGUCGUGGACUUGGCGGUAGUCGUGCAGGCGGCGGUCUAUCCGUAGCCGGCCUCGAAGACGACAUGGGCAUGCCCGUCUCCAGAGGCAAAAAGAAGCAAAAAGGCCGCAAAGUCAACCGCCACGGUGAGAUCUACAGCGACGACGAAGACGAAACCAUGCCUCGUGGCCGCACUCGAGAAGAUGAAUAUGACAGGGCCGACGACUUUGUCGCCGACAGCGAUGAAGAACCAGAACAGUACGGAGACGGUGAUUCCCUGCUCGACGAUGAAGAGGAAGAAGACGAUGAACUGGACAGGGCUGACAAGCAGAUUCGUGAAAGGCCCAGGAAAGAGAGAGCUGGUACACCGAAACGGCGGACCAUGGAUGAGAUUGACGAUGAUGAUGCCGAGGGUGAGCCGGAUGAUGAGUUACUUAGGCAAAGUCCUCGACAGGCCAGGAAGAAGAGGAGGGUCAUUGACGAUGAGGAAGACGAGGCUGAAUAG